AUGAAGCUCAGGCUCAUGAUCGAGAAGCUACAAAAGGGCCUUUCGCUCUUAGCAACCAAAAUCCCUCAUGAUGAACAUGACGAUGAAUUCGACGAAGACGUGGAGGUAGCCAAGACGAUACCCGAGGAUGUAAAAGAAGGACAUUUUGCAGUGUUUGCAGUGAAGGGUAAGGAGCCAAAGAGGUUUGUGGUUAAGCUAGAGUCAUUGAAUAACCCUGCAUUUUUGAAAUUACUAGAGCAGGCCAAGGAAGAAUAUGGUUUCCAUCAGAAAGGGGCUCUUGAAGUUCCAUGCAGACCUGAGGAUUUGCAUAAGAUUCUGGGAAACAGGAGGGAGAAGAGUAUGACCAGUGCUACUUGUAAUAAUACUAAUAGUAAGAAUACUCUUAAUCUCAUAGAAGGAUACUAG